UCGAAAACUGGUCGAAACUGUUUCGUAACGUCAACUGUAGCAUUUGUUUACAAUUUACUUAUUUACAGAAUGUGAAGAUCAGACGUCUGUUUCCUAAUUUGGUACCAGAAUUAUUUGUAGUAUAGUCGAAUGCAUAAAACAUUGACACCCGAUAAACAAUUUCAAACAAAUCAGGAUGUACAGGUGUCUCUUUCAGAAACAUUUGGAAUUCCAGUUUCUGUCACUUGGCUGUAGGAAUUCCAAGCUUUUCUUAUUUCAUCCUGUAAGGUCUAUAUCACAGACACAUUACCAAGUUCUUGGAGUAGGACAGACCGCUACAGAUGGAGAAAUAAAAUCAGCUUACAAACAACUGUGUAAAAAGCUGCAUCCUGAUGUAAACAAAAAUGAUCCUAAAGCACAUGACAAAUUUACAGAAGUGCAAAACGCUUAUUCCACCCUUAGUGGCAAGAGGACAAGAUAUGAAUAUGAUCAGGAAUUAAGAUAUGGACAGACGUUUGGUCCUGCUGAAUCUGAUGAAGAUUUAUUAAGACGCUACAGGUCUACUAAACAUGCAGAUGAUUCCUAUUAUGGAAAUAGAAGUUAUGGGAAUAGUUACUAUAGAAAUACACCAAAAGGACAAAAUUUGAGCAAUGACCCAGUUAUGAGAGCAUUAAGAUAUAUAUCUAGGAAUUUCUUAAAAAUAGUGGCAUUUGGAAUUAUGAUUAAUUGUAGUUUAAUAUUAUUAUCUCAGCGCUAUGUAAAGAACCAGCUAGAUGAAAAGGACAAACGUUUACAUGCUGAAAUGCAGUACCUUAAUCAGCAUUUCCAUAAUCAUGGAUUCCAAAAGGCACCCAAAAUUUACCAGCAUGGAAAGGAAGAACCUUAUAAAGAGGCGAAUAUAGAAUAUAUAUAUGAUAAACCACAGAGACAUAAGAAAGAAGACUUUCUUUAUAUUAAUAAAUCAUACAAAGAGAAAUUACCUGGCGAUCUAUGAAGUCUUAUGGAAUGUUUUAUAGUGAGAUAUUUGUAUCCAUAGGCAAUUCGUUUGUAUGGUGGCACGGAAUGCUGUUGCUUCACCAAUUUUAGAGUAUUUCUUUUAAAUCACACAAAAAUAUAUUUCUUAUUGAUUUGUGUUGAAAAUUUAACAUUCUGAAAAAGGGGUGAAUGAGUAAAGCUGGGAUGUAUAAUUGUGAACAACGUAUAUUUGUAUGUAUUGACGGUGAAUUUUAACAUUCUGAAAAAGGGGUGAAUGAGUAAAAGGGGGAUGUAUAAUUGUGAACAAUGUAUAAAUGUAUGUAUAGACAGUGAGUUUUAAAAUUCUGACAGAAAUAAAACAUAUGUGAGUAAGAGAGAGAAAGAGAUUUAAAAAGUAUGUAAUUGAAUGAGAGAAUGAAAGAGAAAACAAUGGUUUUAGGUAAUGAUAAAAAUGUUUUAAAUUAUUUAUGUAAUUUUAAAUUGGUGUGGUGAAGACAUUUGAAAGACUACCUCUGUUAGUAAUUUGAUUUGUGGUAUUUUAUUGAUAAAAGCCCUUUUUAAAUAGAUCCUCUUUUAACAUUUAUUUGCCCUUAUUUUGCAUGAGAUAUUUGCCACUGGGUGGUAAAGAAAAAACAAUCAACCUUUUGUUGAAACUGAACUGAACAAUAGUGAACAAGCAUAGACUAUUUUCUUUUCAUUUUCAUGCAUCUGCUUUUAUAAAGGAUGUUCCGUCCUCUGUUUCAAAAUAACAAGCUUUUUAAAAAGACAGUUAAAAUUGAUAUUAUACAAAUAACAGAAUUUUAAAACUUGUUUAUGAGAUAUAAUUUGCAAUUGUAAAUAUGGGGGGAAUUGAUUUUCUAUACAUUUUCAUUCAUUUAAAAUUGGCAUCUUUUUUCUUUCAAAAACUAUGAAAAAUUAACAAGGAUUUUAUAAUAUUUUUAAAAUUGGCUAGUUAAAUAAUAUGUAAUAAAAUUAUGAAAAGAAAAAAAGGGGUUAGCCGGCCAAUUUUUUAUUUGUUACUACAUAGAUAAAAGUAGAGGAUUCCAAGCAUCUGACAAAAAGUCAAAAACAAGAGUAGUGAACAUCCUUAAAGAUACAAAGUAUGGAUAUAUUUUCUGAUAUUGAAUUGAGGCUUUUUUUAAGACACAAAAGCUAUUUUUGGGUCAGAUUACCAUAGAUUAUAACUUAAAGCUAUCUUAUCAGGUUCUGAUAUCAAUUCCUGCUUGCAAGUAAUUAUAAUUUCUGCGGUUCUAUUUUUAACUGUCUUAAAAUGUCAAUUUUAGGAUAUAUAUAAGUAUUUGAAUUUUGCUUAUUCAAAUCUUUUUUUAAGAAUGGUGCAUGAUUUGCGGUGUUGUGAAAAAUCAUUUUCAAAACUAUUUGAGGAGUCCAGUCAACAUCAUUGUCAUAAAAAAAGUUGAAAAUAAAGUAAAUUUGUGAAUUUUUUUUUUUAUAAGUUAUGAUCAUAGAUUUUGGAUUAUGAUUAAAAGUAGUUUUAUUGUUUUACAGCAGAACAAAUAAACAAAUAUCCCAAAAAUGAUGAGGUCUUAGACUCAACUGAAACAUUUUUUAAUGAGAAUCUUUUUAGAACACAUUUUAUUUCUUAAAUGGUACAUGUAUAGAAGUUUUAGAUUGUUACUGAAAAUUUGUAUUCAACUAUGUAUUUUGAGGGAACUAAUCAUGAAUAAAGCAUUUGAUGAAUUUA